GGGUAAAAUGGUCAUUACAAUCUGCGCGCAUCUGCCAAAAAUGGAACUGCACCUCUCACACUGAACGACACUUUCAAAGCUUCCCAACAGUCUUUAGACCAACUAACAUAGUUUUCAUCGAAAACCCACAUAUAUACAAACAACUCUCCUCGUAAUACAUACACACACACAUUUCGUACAGCUCCUCCUCUGUUUGGCAGAAUCGCAUACCCUCUCUCGCUGAGAAUUUCAAGAAAGCAUCGUCCGACCAAAACGAAAAUGGCUGCAACUGCAACUCCAAGCACACAACUCGUGACACCAAAGCCUUGCAUUUAUGCAUCUCGCGGAAUUUCAAGAUCGAGCUUCGCAUGUUUUGGUAAUGAAACCAAAGGAACAUCUUUGACAACAAAGCUUAGGAGCUCGUCUUUCACACCCGCAACACAAUCUCUCUCCAAAACCUAUGACUUCAAUCCAUUGAAAUUCGGAAAGCGUGGUGGUAUAAAAGCAAUGGCCGGAGCAAGUGAUAAACAGCCUUUGCCUGGAUUGCCUGUCGACUUGAGAGGGAAGAGGGCGUUUAUUGCUGGAAUAGCUGAUGAUAAUGGGUAUGGAUGGGCAAUUGCAAAAUCCCUUGCUGCUGCCGGUGCUGAAAUUCUCGUUGGUACAUGGGUUCCUGCUCUAAAUAUCUUUGAGACCAGCCUACGACGUGGAAAGUUUGACGAAUCGCGUGUGCUGCCAGACGGUUCUUUGAUGGAAAUUACGAAAGUCUACCCACUGGAUGCAGUUUACGACUGUCCUGAGGAUGUUCCUGAAGAUGUCAAAGCAAAUAAACGAUAUGCAGGAUCUUCAAAUUGGACUGUGAAGGAAGUAGCUGAAUCAGUGAAGCAGGAUUUCGGAACAAUUGAUAUUCUUGUUCAUUCACUUGCCAAUGGUCCAGAGGUUGUUAAGCCGCUUCUGGAGACGUCCAGAUAUGGCUAUCUGGCAGCCAUCUCUGCAUCAAGUUAUUCCUUUGUUUCUCUUCUCAAACAUUUUGCUCCCAUCAUGAAUCCAGGUGGCGCCACAAUCUCUCUGACAUACAUUGCAUCCGAAAAGAUAAUACCCGGGUAUGGUGGUGGCAUGAGUUCUGCAAAGGCUGCUCUAGAGAGCGACACAAAGGUGCUUGCUUUUGAAGCUGGACGAAAACACAACAUCAGAGUUAACACCAUAUCCGCAGGCCCGUUGAGAAGCCGUGCUGCUAAAGCUAUUGGUUUCAUCGACAUGAUGAUUGACUACUCCUUGGAGAAUGCACCCUUGCAGAAGGAGCUAACUGCCGACGAGGUUGGAAAUGCUGCUGCUUUUCUGGCAUCUCCGUUGGCAUCUGCUAUAACCGGAGCGGUUGUGUACGUAGACAACGGUCUUAAUGCAAUGGGAGUUGGAGUUGAUAGCCCAGUUUUUCGGGAUCUUGAUAUUCCGAGAGCACAACAAAGCUAGAGCUAUAUUUCUGCAAUUAAAAAGGAUUUCAAUUAAAUUUUUUAUCAUCGAAUAAAUGUGGGUGUUUUAUUUUUAUUUUCUCGCCAUUUUGGUGUAUUAAUUAUCAGAGACGGGUGAGCUUUGCAUUUGCGAAUCAGGAAAAACGUGCUUCUUACUAGGAAUAGUUUAUGAGUACUGGAAAUUUUAUGUUGCUACUGUUAUAUGCCAGUUUUAUGAUCCAGUUGGUUGUUAUCUGAAA